GCUUGUCAGAUUGUAGACAUGAAGGGUUGUUGGGCAAUCUCAUUUGAUUUAUUGGAGUCAUAGCUCUCCGCACUGAAGGAGGAACGGAGAGACCAAAUAUUCUCAGCUCACCAAUACAAUGAGCACUGACAAAAUAAUGGCGGAGUACAAUGUCAAAGUGGUGGUCACUAAAAAGAAUCAGCGCAAUGCUAACGAAAGUCCGUUUUUAAAAAGAGAAGUGGCACAUCCAACGUCAGAUAUAGAAACUUUGAUCCAUCUAGCAAAGGGCAGUCUUGGGACUGGUGUCCUGGCUAUGCCCUUUGCAUUUAGCAACGCUGGACUUGCACUCGGCCUCAUUGGUACCAUUUUUAUUGGUUUCGUUUGCACUCACUGCGUUCAUAUAAUGGUUAAAAGUGCGCAAGAACUUUGCUGGAGGCAUAAUAUCCCAGCUCUUGAUUUUGGUGACAUUGCUGAGACUGCGUUUAAGAACGGCCCUCAAAGCCUAAGGCCGGCGUCUGGAUUCGCUCGGGGAUUUAUUCAAACUCUCAUUGUGGUUGUUGCUCUGGGGGCUUGCUGUGUCUAUAUUGUGUUUGUCUCUUCCAAUCUCCAACAGGUGAUCGACUUUUUCACAGGCACCACAAUAGACAUCAAGCUCUAUAUCUUGAUGGUGACCGCUGUGCUUAUGGCGCUGGCAAUGAUCAGAAAUCUGCGACUCCUUUCACCCUUUUCGCUUCUUAGCAACGUCCUCUUCCUGGCUUCAAUAGGCAUUGUUUUCUACUACGUUUUUCAAGACUUGCCAAGCGUGAACGAAAGAGAGGCUUUCAUGUCCAUUACAAAACUGCCAGUAUUUUUCAGCACUGCCGUUUUUGCUCUUGAAGGAAUCACAGUGGUUAUGCCGCUGGAAAACAAUAUGAAAACGCCACAACAUUUCACGGGCUGUUUCCGAGUUUUAAAUACAGCCAUGGCCAUGAUUGUCAGUAUUUACGCGCUGGUCGGCUUUAUGGGUUACUUGAAAUACGGCGAUGAAGUCGAGGGCAGCAUAUCGCUGAAUUUACCUGAAGGCGAAAUCCCGGCCCAAACUGCACAAAUCAUGCUUGCGGCUGCAGUGGCCUUCACCUACCCCUUGCAAUUCUACUGCGCUAUGGAGUUCACGUGGCCCUCGCUAGAUAAAUUCCUUCAGCGAAAAGUGCCAAAAAUUAGUGGCUUGCUUGGAGAGUACAUUUACAGAGUGCUUUUGGUUUUGCUAACAAUGGCAAUUGCUCUUGCAAUCCCAAAUUUGUCUGCCUUGAUGGGCCUCAUCGGAGCAGUUUGCUUGUCAACCGUUGGGCUCAUGUUUCCUGCAAUUGUGGAGACGAUUGUUUAUUGGGAGGACUGGGGCUGGGGAAACUGGAAAUUGGUUAAAAAUAUUUUAAUUUUCUUAUUCGGCCUCCUUGGAUUUGUGACCGGACUUUAUACAAGCAUUUUGGACCUGAUCGCGUCUUUUGGUGGCGGAGAAGAAAAAGCGCUGCUCCUGUUGUGAUUUUGGCGAGCGGUUAAAAUCAAUGUAUGACCUCUAUAAAAAUUUAUUUAAUUGUGUUAAAAUUGAACUUUUAAUUAUUUGAUGAAGUAGUAUAAUGCUGAUGUGUUUCAAAACUAAUAAAAUAAAAUGAAAAAUACGCAAGAGUUGCACACGAGAUGUAUUGCACGUGGAAGA